AUGAUUGAGGAUGAACCUACCUACACAGGCGUUUUUGCCGGACAUACCAAUGUAGGAAAGACUACUCUUGGACAAAGAUUAACAGGUGACAUCGAUAUGGUUUCUCCACAGCCAACAAUCAACAAUGGUAACUUUACAAUAUUUCUAAGUGAAGAUGGCAACAGAUUCAAAUUGUUUAUUCAUGAUACUGCUGGCCAAGAAAGAUACGAUUCAAUAACUAAGAGUUAUUUUCGAGGUGUUCAAUUUGCUAUUAUUGUAUUUUCACUUGACGAUGAGAAAUCAUAUGAAUUAUUGGAUAAAUACUUCGACUAUUUAAGUGAAGGCUCUCCUGAUGCAAAACCUUUCCUUGUUGGCAACAAACUUGAUCUUGUUGACAGCAUCUCACGUGUAGUUUCAUAUGAAGAUGCUGAAAAUUAUGCAAAGCAAAAGGGAGCUAAGUACUUCGAAGUUUCCGCAAAGACUGGAGACGGAAUUAGAGAAUUCACAUCUGAAUUAGGAAGAGCCGAUUAUUUAGCAAACAAACAAGUACAACCCAAGAUCGAGAAGAAAGGUAAAGAAUCUUGUUGCAUGUGA